AUGGUGGGCCAGCAACCUCCACACGUGAAGAUCUACUUUGUGGGAUGCACGCCAGAUCUUGAUUCGUUGCCGCGUGAAGGUGUAUACAUCAGUGAACAAUCAGAUACGCUGCAUUCUGCUCCGUUAACUCCAGGCCGAGAUCCAACCCAUAAAUACUACACGUCGAGAAAUCGUUAUCCGCACGAGCAAUUUCCGCCUGACCUCCACACCGCCGCGUGGCUGAAGCAGCAAACAAUAGAUCGACGACACUCGGAGGAAUUGAAGCGACUGAAGCGCAGAAUGCAGGUCAAGUAUCCGAUUAUGGGGUUGUCGUACGCCCGCGGCCUGCUCGCCAUCUGCGGUGGCGGCGGCUCGCUCAAGUCCGGCAUCAAGAACACUGUCGACAUCUACAAGCUCUCGGAUACGGACCCGACGGGUUUCAGCAAGGAGAUCACUGCUGACACCGGUCUAGAGCUGGCUUCGGGCGUAGCAUUCUCCCACGACGGCCAGCUCAUCGCUGUCUCAGUCAGCGCUGGUUGCUGGGUCUACGCAUUGAACCUAAAGGAAAAGACCAUCACUCUGCUCGUCAAAUUCCGCACGGAUUUCCACGACGAAGACAGCUCGCAGUCUUGCGCGCGCUUUGUAGGCAACUCCACCAUCCUAACAGGCGGAGAAGACGGCGUGGUUCGUAUCUGGCGUCUCAGUCGCGACCCGUCCAAGCCUGAGAAAGCUGCGGGCUCAGCCAAAGCUCUGACUGUGCCAGACGAGAGAGAUCUCCAUGCCAACGUGGUGACAGAAGAGCAGCCCAAGCUGGGAGACUGUGUCAUCAAAGGAGCCAACAUGGUCACUCUAACGAGGGAAUACCGUGGUCACUCGAAGAGAAUCCGAGAUAUCGACGUGGAUCUUUCGCACCGCAACCUCGUGGCCUCCAGUUCAGAAGAUCAAUCGUGUCAUUUGUGGAGACUGACCGAAGUGACGCCGAUCUGCAAGUUUUCCAAGGAUGACGCCUUGGAUAUUGCUCUCCAGAGACUACCCACGAAGCCUAUUGUCGGACCACGCAAACAUGUGUUCCGCUGUGUGCGCUUCUCCAAUAGUGGACGUCGACUGUAUACGAUGUUAACGCCUGCACGUGGAGACUCGAUUUUGAUCAAGUGGAAGCCUGGGACUAUUGCACAGGAGAGUGAAGAACAGUGGACGUGGGUGGUGGAAGAAACGGCAAUUGCCGGUGAGAAACCAGUGGCGAGUCUGUGCGUGAGUCAGGACGACCGCUUUGUGUGCGCUGCAGCGGUGACAGGAGAGAUCAAGGUGUUCCUGACGUCCACUCUGCGGCAGUACACGAUCAAGUCGACGAUGCAGCACUCGUUCGCUAUCACUGGUAUGAGUUUUGCUCCUUCGGCGGACAAACAAGCUCCUUUUUAUCACUUGCUGAGUGGUGGCGCCGACAAGAGUCUGCUGCGUCAUGAGAUCCCUCUGGAAGGUGGCAUUGUCAAGUCGGGGAUGGAGAUCGUCACUGGUGGCUUGACGAGCGCUGUGGGCGCUACUGUCGGUCUUGGAUUGAAUCUCUGGAUGGCCACCACGCUGCUAUUUAUUCUCCUGCUAUUUAUUCAUGCAAAGACGGCGAUGCUAUUGGAUGGCCCACUGGCAGGCUUCAAUGAUCUGACAUCGCUAAGCUUUGAUUCGUCCGAUGGUCUGGUGACCAUCGGCGCUCUCGUAGCCAGUUCUGUAGUCACGUGGCUCCUUGCGGCGCACAGUUCGGUGACGAGCCGAUUCUUCUGGAACGGCCUGUUGUGUUUGCUGUCGGGUCUUGUGGCGUUCUUGGUGGCCAUUUCGGCAGACCUCGAGGUGAACUGGCAAACUGGCGAUGCCGCCAUUGACGAGUUGCUCGUCCCGCCCAUACGAUCGCACAUUAGCUACGAAGCAGAAAGAGACAUUGGCAAGCCACUGGAUUCCUCGAAAUACACGAUCGAUGCACCGUGUGAACGUCAGCAAUGGAACUUCACGCAGGACUCGGCCAGUGCAAUGUGGCUCCACUUUUCGUCCGUGAAUCUCGCUUCAGGUUCUCAUCUGGUCGUCUCGCCACUAAAUGGGUCUCGAGCGAUAACAGUGGCGUCACCGUCCUCAAGUGUCACCACUACUCCUCUUUCCGGGAGUGGAAUCUCUGUGCAGUUUGUACCUCCCAGUAAAGGGUGUUUGCCCAACAGCAACUCAACCUUCGUGUUGGACUCGAUUGGGUACUCAUACUCUGAAUCUGAAGACUCGACGGUUGAGAUCGAGGAGAGAGCGAUUUGCGGCUCUGCUGAUACCAUGAAGAACAUGGUGUGCUAUUCAACGGGCAGUGAAGGAGACAAGACCAUAGUGUCCAAGGCUAAGGCUGUGAUGCGCACCCAACGUACGCGAGAAGACAACGCUAUCGUCACAUGCACGGCAUGGCUCUGGGGUAACCAAGGACACAUCAUCUCGAACAAUCACUGUUUCUCGAGUCAGGAGAUGGUCGAUGCAGCCAAGUUCGAGUUUGACGUUCAGACUACCGGGUGUAGCGACGAUUGCGCGUUUGCUACCUGCCCCAUUGGCAAGACGUUGGUCGGUAAAGACAACGUGAAGUUCAUCAAGUCCAACGCUACACUCGACUACUCUGUGCUGCAGAUUACCAACGACGCUGCGUCGUAUGUGAGCAGCUAUGGAUUUCUGCAGAUCCGCAAUACUGCACCGAGCAGAGGUGAAGAGAUCUACAUCCCACAGCACCCGAAGGGAGGUGCGAAAAAGAUCACGACAACCCAAGAUGAUGCCGGUUCGAAGGCGGCUCUUGUGCUCAACCUCGACUUUUCAAUCGCAGUGGCAGGAGUCACGUAUAACCAUCUCAUCGCGUAUUCUGCUGAUACAGAAGUGGGGAGCUCGGGUGCACCAGUAAUGUCACGUGGAGACAACUCGGUGGUGGGUCUGCACCGUAUUGGAGACUGUAAUAAUGCGGCCACCCCAUCGGACCAACUAAUUAGUGCGCUUCAAGCCGUUGUGUCUGGCAACGAUGGCAUCAAGACAGCUUGA